CAGCGUCCAAAUCGAUACGGCGCAGGCUUGCCCUCUGGACCACAGUCCAGGUCUACACACUCCUUCGGAACCCGUCGGAAAGCGGCUCGGCGAGACUGUCGGAAGGAUGGCGGGUGGACCGCUGCUGCUAACUUUGAGCAUCACGGCGCUGGCGUGGGGAGUCCAGGGGAAGAAACAAAUAUCAGGCAGCACCACUGUUUACCUGGGUCAGCAUCGAGACGUGUGGAGGCCGGUGAUCCACAUCGCAGUCAACCUCACCAAGAUAAGAGACAUCAAGUCGUCCUUUCAGCUCAGGACGUACGACCCGGAGGGGACCAUCUUCUACGGGGAUACCAAAAACGGCAGGGACUGGUUCAUUUUUUCGCUGAAGGACGGCAUCCCGCUCAUGCAGAUCAGCCGCAGCGGGGUCCUCGUCAACGUAGCGGGCGGGCCCAAGCUCAACGACGGGCGGUGGCACACGCUGGAGCUGAGCAACCGUGGCCAUUUUGUGAUCCUUGAGGUGGACGGCUCCCGAGGGCUGGUCGUGGGCCUGCAGUCUGAUACCAUAGAGGAGGUCCUUUCAGGGUCCCUCAGACUGGCACUUGGCGGGAUCCUGAUUCCGAGGGAGAGGCUGUUUGUUCAGCUUGAGCCGCAGAUGGACGCCUGCGUGCGGGAAGGCAGCUGGCUGAACCUCAGCAUCCCCUGGGAGACUGACGCCGACGAGCUCCGGCCGUGCUAUCAAAACAUCCGACCCGGCAGCUUCUUUGCCGGGAACGGCUUGGCCAUUGUCAACGCUUCAGUUUUGCAGACAGAGCAUGAGCGCGGCGUGACGAUCGAAUUGUGGGGAGAUUUCGCUAAGAUGGACGGGACCAUUUUAAGCAUCAGGACGCCCGGGCAGGCGCUCACAUUCGCUUUAGUCACCGAUAACAACACAAAGCAGGAAGUAACACUCUCUUUUGGCCGUCAUAAACUGAGUCUGAAAGAGAACUUCAAGAGGCUGGAGAUGACCUUCGGGACCGAUUCACUGGAAGUGCGACACGGCGGACAUGAGUCAAAGGUCCCGUGGGAUUUCCUCAGCCCGCUUAAGAAAUCCGGGCUUUUGAGCACAUUGAGAGAAAGCCACGUGGCCAUCGGCGGCCUCCUCGGCGAAGACGACGUCGGCUCCCGCUUCUUGAGAGGCUGCCUAGAGAAGGUCCAGAUCCAAGGAAAGGAUGUGGACCUGGAUCAGGCUGCAAAACACUGGUCCAUCUCCUCUCACAGCUGCCCCGUGUGAACCACGAGCAUCGGGACUUAAUUGUAGAAACGCUAUUUUGUAAUCAAGGCUUUCGAAAGUGACAUAUUCCGGAUAAUUGUGCUAGCUGGGCUAAAAAAUGUCAGUUUGGCACUUUAGACCCUGUUUUAAUAUGAAAAAAGUGAAUUAUUGAACAAUUUUCUGUAUUUGUUCAUUUGUCCUGCCAAUGGACUACGAAUGUAAUUUAGCUGCAUGCAAAUUUCUGCACAUUUGCACAAGUAUUGUACUGAUGUUCAUUACUACGCAUUGUCUCUUUUAGAUGAAUAAAAUUGAAACUGACCAAUUACAAAA